UUUCUGGUUAAUUUGCAAGAAGUUUUGUUGGGAACAAAGCUAUGGAUUUUGUUUCUGGCAAUUCCUUUUGCCAUCGCUGCUGAGUGUAAAAAUUUCGGAAGACCAUGGGUGUUUGCGUUGAGUUUACUUGGACUCACUCCGCUUGCUGAACGUGUCAGCUUUUUAACAGAGCAAAUCGCUUUCUCCACAGGUCCAACAGUUGGAGGGCUUCUAAAUGCAACAUGUGGAAAUGCAACAGAGCUCAUAAUAUCCAUUUUUGCUCUAGUCCAGCACAAAGUAGAUGUUGUGAAAUACAGUCUACUUGGUUCUAUACUUUCGAACCUCCUCUUGGUUCUUGGAUCCUCUCUAUUCUGUGGUGGCAUUGCAAAUCUUAAAAAAGAACAAAACUUCGAUAGAAAACAAGUGGAUGUGAACGCCCUCCUUUUGUUGCUGGGAUUGCUUUGCCAUGUUUUGACCUUGAUGUUUCGAUAUGCUGGAACUGCCACGGAACUAAAACUAACUGGGACUGAAACUCUUGCUUUGUCAAGAGCCACUUGUAUUGUGAUGCUGAUUGCGUACAUUUCUUACCUCGUUUUCCAGUUAUGGACUCAUCGACAACUAUUUGAAGCUUCUGAGGAUGAAAAAGAAGAUAGUGAUUUGGUAUCGAAUGAAUCAGCUAUUAUUGGAUUCUGGAGUGCAUUUAUUUGGCUGGUUUUGAUGACCGGUGUAAUAGCGUUACUCUCAGAAUAUGUUGUGGGAACAAUUGAGGAUGCAUCAAACUCUUGGGGAUUAUCAGUCAGUUUCAUCAGUGUAAUUUUAUUACCAAUUGUGGGAAAUGCAGCAGAACAUGCUGGGGCUAUCAUAUUUGCCUUUAAGAACAAGCUGGAUAUUACUUUAGGCGUAGCAAUGGGGUCAGCAACUCAAAUUGCCAUAUUUGUGAUUCCCUUAAGCGUAAUUAUGGCGUGGAUGAUGGGUAUCGACAUGAAUCUCGACUUCAAUAUCCUCGAAACAAGUUGUCUUGCUCUAUCAAUUAUCAUCACAACAUUCUGUUUACAGGUAAAAAUAUUAACACAUGCGCAGAUCUUAUAUAAACACAGUAACGAAAUUAACGAGUGCGUGAAUCUUUCAGGACGGAACAUCUCAUUACCUAAAAGGACUAGUUCUUCUGCUAUGCUACCUGGUUAUGGGAGUUUGCUUUUUCAUUUUCAGAACUCCAAAAAAUCAUGCAGAAACUGUCAACGACAUAACUAUGAGAUCAUCCAAUGUAGGAUUAAUGAGAGUUUGAUCAACGGUUGGCCUUUCAGAUUUGGUUCCAUGAAGAGAUUGAAACAAUUUGCAUGCAUUUGUUAUUGUUUCAUUGGGAUUGAUUGGAGGGCUAAAUGGAGAUGAAUUCUGCAUUUUUUUGUGCAGUGGGAUCCAUUAAAGAUGCAAGAAUUUCAUGUGGGAUUUCCAGAUCUUAUGAGCGGAUGUUUUCUUUCUUUUCUUUUUUCUUGUUAUAUGUUUGGUUCGUUCUGUCUCUCUCUCUCUCUUCUUUUUAUAUUUGAAUAAAACUACUUUGUUAGAAUAAUUUGAUAAAAAGCUUUACAUAAUUUAUGUGACAAUAAAUAAUUGGACGAAAAAGUUGACCAAUGAUAGAGUGUCAAGUGGGAUUAUGUCAAAUUUCAUGUCAACAUUGAUGUCAGACUUUUUAUAUAUGUCUUUUUCCUAA